GAGUCACCACUUAAAGGCCAGCAAUCUGCGACCGGCCCGCCGAUGAAUGAAGGGAAAUCCGAAGGUGCGGAUCAGCAAUGCCCAGUAUGCUGGAGCCUUCUCUGCGAGCCUGUGGCUUGGCCCGAGUGUGCGCAUCACUUGUGUUUGGUCUGUGCCCUGCGGAUGCGUCGGCGUCCAAAGCCCAUGUGCCCCCUUUGCAGAGCACCAGCCAAUCAAGUUCGACAAGCAGCCGAACUUCAGGUGAGUAGCGCCCGAGCUGUCACAGUGCGCAAGGCGGUGGGUUAUUCCUCCUACCAAGCGCAGCGCAGAGACACCUGGGCUCAGGUGGCUGAAUUGGACGCAGCCGGAGGCCUUGGAGGUCCUUUAGCCUUGGUUGCUGGACGAAGCGAGGUCUGGCACCGUUUGCGACUUGGAACACAGCAGGAGGUACUGAUGGAACCCAAGUAUGAAGAGCUGCUGAGAUGGUCACGUCGAAGCAAGGGAGGAUGCUUUGCAGUAGUCCUACAGCCCGCGGACAUCGAAGUGGGCGCCAAGGGCCGUGUCUGCCGCAUCGUGGAGCACAUGGAGUCCAGUCCUUCAGAGCGUCGGGUUCUGGUUGAAGCCGGUGCGGCCUGUCGGGUCAUUGAGCUCAACUCCAAGAUGCAACCGGCUGAAGAAGCGAUGAUCGACACUGCUCAGAAGUUCGUCAUUGGAAAGUUGGAGGAAUUGGAUGAAGAAGAGCUUCCGGCUCGGGUGAACGAUUUGGGACCACUGGCAGCGGCGGCCGACAUCGUUCACAUCCUCGGAGUGCUGGGGCGCAAUCUUCAGGCGGUUCGGCAGAGGUGGAUGAUGACCGCCUUGGUUUCUCUGCUGGAUGAGGACACGAGGGCCUUGGAGAAUCCACAGCCUGAGGACCGUCAGGGGCUUGAAUCCAUGCUGGGUGUGAUGAUGUCGUAUCGGCAAAUCAUCCACCAGAUGGAUGCUCUUCUCUCUCAGGCUACCGCCACGGCUGAUCGGCUGAUACCUGAGCGAGAGGAUGAAGCCACUAGCCUCGAAACUCGUGAGUUGACCCAAACGCGACCGACAAGUUCCGAAGCAACGAUAGCCAGGGAGCCUGCGUCACAGCGUGGUUCUGAGGUACCAUCCCCUCAGACUCCGGAGUCCGAUUCUGAAGAUGGACACGACUCGAUGAGGCCUGGUCAGAUUGUACCUUUACGGAGUUCCAGCAGAGAGCCAGUAUCCCAAGUGGAAGCCUUACGUCGACGAGGCGAUGUUUUACCAGUAGCUGGUGCUGCCAACGUUGCGGCCAGAUCAGUGUCAUCCACGGAUCCCCAGAGGAGUUCCGCUCCACGUCGGCUCCGUGAAGGCGCAGGGAGGAACCAGGCUCAACCCUGAGGCAGUUCUUGCGAUAUUUUUAUGAUGGCCAUUUUCUAGCCAUGAUGAAACCAGAUGGUAUUCCCCCCCGGUGUGACAUGGCAAAGCCAUUUGCCCCAUUGGGGUCUGGAUGUUUCUCGGUUUGCCACUGCGGAAAAAAGACGAUUGCCUCGAGGCUGGAGCGAAAA